UUUGGGGUUGAGAAGAUAAUACAAUAAAUUAAAACCUCCAAUUUCUAACUUUGGCUGAAUCCAACCUCCAUAUAUUUCAAUUCUGAUACGUCAUCAAUAUCUGGACAAGACGUUGGCUGUAGUUAAUUCGCAACUGGAGUGGGUAAAGUGAGCUAAAAGUCAAUGAAUAAAGCUCCGAGUCAAAGGAAAUGGAGACACUCCUUCCUUCAGGUGUCAGGAGAAAAUUAGCUGCUGUGCUGGUCUGCAGUGUCGGAGGGAUUGCUGGGACUUACCUCUACAUCCAAAAGAAGUGGACUUUCUGUGGUAUCAUAAACUUUAUCAAAGAUCGCUUCACAAUUGGAUCGUCUCUGGUUGAAGAACGGUUAGCCGCCUUACGCCGGACAAAAAGCAAUAUUCUAGUUGUCAGUUCUGUUGAUGAAUGGAACAAAGCAUAUGAACUACUCCAGGAUGACUUGUCUAGAAUAAAGACAUUGGGACUUGACUGUGAAUGGGUUACAAAAGAUGGGAAGUCACAACCUGUUGCUCUUCUUCAGGUUGCAACGCAACAAGGAACUUGUGUUUUGGUGCGUUUGUGCAAGUUUGAGGACAGUAUCAUCCCUGAAACAUUGAAAGAACUCCUUGCUGAUCAAAGUGUGAAAAAAUUUGGCGUAGGAAUUGCAGAGGAUGCUUCGAAACUGUUCAGUCAUUAUGGGUUACAAGUACUAGGUUAUGUCGACUUGUGCUAUGUCGUCCUGAGGUCGCAAACAUUCAAGCAUUUGUCUUCCUGUGGCUUAAAGCGCUUGUAUGAGGCUGUGUGUCAUAAGAAUUUGGAUAAGAAUCGCUUUGUUCGCUGCAGUGAUUGGGAAUGCAAUGUUCUCACAUCGGACCAGAUAAAAUAUGCAGCCAAUGAUGCAAUCAGUGCUGUUGACAUAUUCACCGAGUUUGUUCUUCAUCGUAUGUCCAGAGGGCAGUUGGGAGAUGGUGAUUUAGUGGAUGAAUUUCAAAACAAGGCUUUCUCAAUGUCGCAAGGGAUUGUUGAUCUCCGAUACACUGCUUCUUCGUAUACUAAGGUUCGCUCUACGCCCAAAAAAGGCCCGUCUAAUCUGAAUGCGGCGCAGAAAAGAGACUCCAAAACAGAUGCAACUCGUUCUUAUUCUUUGCGGCAAAGACCACUUUAUCAUAACUGUCAACUUCGUGCCCCUGAUGGACAACUGUUGUGUACUUGUGAUAAGAAGAAGGCUGAAUGGUAUAUUCAGAAGGGCAUUGGGGACAAGAUUGCUGAUGAACCGUUGACUGUGCAACUACGUUUUGAACCAGCAGGACGACCGGAAUCCAAGGAGAACUAUUACUUGCAGGAGAAAGACAAUAUCUGUGUGGUGUGUGGGGCCCCAGAGUCCUAUGUCCGCAAAUGUGUCAUACCACACGAAUACAGGAAGCAUUUUCCGUUGCUUUUGAAAAAUCACCGCUCUCAUGACAUUCUCUUGUUGUGUGUUUCUUGUCAUCAGCGUAGCGGUGUUUACGAUGGCUUCCUGAGGCAACAUUUGGCUGCUCUCUGUGAUGCUCCCAUUGGAUCGGAAGAAGACGUACGUUUCCAUCAGGAUCCUGAUCUGACAAGAGUCCGUUCGAGCGCCAAAGCCCUUCUGAACUCGGGUGAUAAAAUACCCACAGAGAGACGAGAGUUUCUUGAAAACAUUGUAAAAAACUAUUUUGGUGUUGAUUCUCUUGAUGUUGAUCUCCUACAGCAGGCAAUAGAUAUGGACGUUAGAGUACCAUCAGAUAAAUUCUCUCCGCAUGGUUUAAAAGUUGUGCAAUACAUGUUAGAAAAUGGUGGCCUUGUUCAGUUUGAGAAAACAUGGCGGAGGAAUUUUGUCAAGACCAUGCAACCCAAGUUCUUGCCACACAAGUGGUCAAUUGACCACAAUCACUCUGAACUACAAGGUAUAGAAUCUGAACUGAAACAGAGACUUGGGGAGUGAUAGAAAAAGGCUCGUCAUGUUGUGAACAUUCUGUAUAAAAGACUAACAAUGGGGAGAUACAACUUCGCAUUGUGGCAAAGGCAACGAAGUGUAUGAAACACUUGAUUUUGUUGUGACAUCUAUAUUUUAAUAAUUAGUAAACUCUGCCUAAAAUUUGUAGCUGUGUUUGUAUAGUUUGGUGAAGGCAGGCUUGAAUGGCUGCCCUGUAGGCUUUGCAGUCAUAGGCCGUCAGGGUAAUCAUUGAAAAAAACUUAAAAUGUGACAUUGUGUAUCAUUUUGUUUUAUUAAAUGCUGUAAAUUUGA